AUGGCUGAGAGGAAAAACAAACAUGUUGUAGAGACUGCUCUAACUCUUUUGACUGCAGCUAAUAUGCCUGGACAGUUUUGGUAUCAUUCUCUUGCACAUGCAGUCUACUUAAUAAAUAGAAUGCCAAGUCAGUCCUUAAAGCAUCAAGCUCCUUAUUUUCGAUUGUAUGGCAAGCAACCAGAGUUACAGUCUUUAAGAAUAUUUGGCACUGCUCAAUGCCACCUAUUCUUUUUUCCUUUGCCUUUGCAAGAAGUUACACCUCGGGCUACCACAAUCACAUCAAUAGCUCCUUCAACAUCAUCUUCUACUUCUGCAUCUCCGGUUGCGCAACUAUUACGUGGUUCAGAUUCAGUUCUUGUUCCAGAGGUGCAUCAUCCCCUUUUAGGUGAUCAUCACCUGCCAGUUUUACCUCCUCUUGAGCAUUCAUCUUCAGCCUCGUUUUCUCCACAAUGGAAACAGGCCAUGCAAGAAGAGAUUGAUGCCUUGCAUAUGCAAGGUACUUGGAGUUUGGUUCCUAAUCCUGGAAAUAAAAACAUUGUUGGUAGUAAGUGGAUUUAUAAGAUAAAGAGGAAUUCUGAUGGUUCUAUAGCUAGGCAUAAAGCUUGGUUGGUUGCUCAGGGAUUCAGUCAAGAGCAAGGCUUGGAUUUUAGUGAAACUUUCAGUCCUAUAGUGCGUCACACCACUAUCAGGUUAAUACUGAGUCUAGAUGCAAUGAAUAAAUGGCAAUUAAGACAACUUGAUGUUAAGAACGCCUUUUUACAUGGCGAAUUGGAAGAAGAAGUGUUUAUGAAACAGCCACAAGGGUUUGCAGAUCCACGUUAUCCUGAUUUUGUAUGUAAGCUUAAGAAAUCAUUGUAUGGUUUGAAGCAAGCUCCAAGGGCUUGGAAUGCCAAAUUCACUAGAUACUUACCAGCUAUAGGUUUUCAAGCUUCACAGUCUGAUCCUAGUCUUUUUGUUAGACAUUCAGACUCAGAGGUUGUGAUCCUCUUACUCUACGUUGAUGAUAUUAUUCUCACAGGUUCUAAUGAGAAGAUGGUUCAGCUUGUGAUUGAUGAGUUAAGGUUUGUAUUUGAAAUGAAGGACUUGGGUAAGCUUAAAUUCUUUCUCGGCUUGCAAGUAUCUUAUGCCUCCAAUGGUGAUAUUGUUGUUAAUCAGUCCAAAUAUGCUAAAGAGUUGCUCCACAAAGCUGGGAUGCACUCUUGUCGAUCCUGCUCAACUCCAUGUAAACCACAUACACAGGUGUUAAAAGAGUCUGGUGAAGUGUUAACUGAUCCAACAUUGUUUAGGAGCAUUGUAGGGGCUCUUCAAUAUUUGACUUUUACAAGACCAGACCUUGCUUACUCUGUUAACUCUGUGUGUCAAUACAUGAAUCAACCUACUGAUCUUCAUUGGCAUUUGGUGAAAAGGAUUCUCAAAUAUGUGCAAGGUACUUUAGAAUAUGGCCUGAGUUUUACAACUGGUGAUAUGCAUCUCUCUGCAUAUAGUGAUGCUGACUGGGCAGGAGACAUCAACACUCGCAUCGCAGAGGCAUGGUAUAGGGCUCUAGCCAAUACUACUGCUGAUUUGGCUUGGAUUCGACAGGUUUUAAAAGAUUUGAAGUUGUAUCUGCCUGAUCCUCCAGUUGCAUAUUGUGAUAAUUUGUCUACGUUGACUCUUAGCUCAAAUCCAGUAUACCAUUCCAGAAUUAAACACUUGGACAUUGAUUUCCAUUUUGUAAGGGAGCGAGUGCAGAAGAAGGAUUUGCUGGUUUAG